AUGAUAAUAAAAAUAAAAAUAAUAAUAACAACAAAAAAAAACAACGAAAGGAACAACAAUAUUGACAGUCGCAACAACAAUGACAACGACAUCAACAACAAUAGUAGCAACAAAACAACGACAGCAACAAUAAUAGCAUCAACAAGAACAGAAAAGUUGAAGUGA